AUGGAAUUGCAAAUGCGGCACACCGUAUCUCAUUCCGCGACCGAAGGCGGAAAUAUUGACCAAAUCCAAGAUAAUUAUGGGUUGAAACUUGGAUGGUCAAAACGCAGUCGACAUAUCACAUGGGCAUAUUUCACACUUACAAUGUCAACUGGAGGCUUGGCAAGUGUAUUCCACUCAAUCCCUUAUCGAUUCCCAGGACUGGAGACUAUUGGGACAGUCGUCUUUUUGCUGAAUAUAAUCCUCUAUCUGCUUAUCUGGAGUUUAAUUUUGACGAGGUUCUAUCUCCAUCCACGUGCAUUCAAGGCCUCAUUCCUUCACCCAACAGAAUCAUUUUGUCUCUUUCGAAAUAAUCGUCUCAAUAUUUCACAAUACGGAAUCGGCCAUACCGGUUCAUGGCCUCCCGAUACCGUCAGCAUAAUCUUUUGGACUCUUACUGCGAUUGCUAUAAUCUUUUCCGUCGGCAUUUAUGUUUUGUUGUACGUUUUCCAUUGA